AUCAUAUAUCACCCAUUACCAAAGCACCGGACACCGACUGCCUACAUUUCUAUUUUGAAAUGAUCAUUUAUCUGCUGGAUUUUUAUAUCAGACCUCAAGCACGUUUCACAAAGAAAACUAUUUAAUGUGUUUGUGUUUAUCUUCAAAUCACGCACAUAAGAAUUUAGUGAAUACUUUGCGUGGCGUGUUCCACUGUGAGAUUAUACUGAACUGAUCAAUUAGCUUAAUUGCCUUUAUUGGUGCCCCAUUGGAUUAUCAAAUUUCUUAAUUCAAUGAAUAAAUUAGUAAUACCUUAUUGUUUACUCUGAAGGACGAUUAAUCACAUUUGUUAUGAACAUGAAGCUUCGAAGACUCUACAUUAACAUUCUUGUUAUUCUAGUGUGUUGGUGAAGAUUCUCUAGUAUAUAUAACACUCAACCACAAGUAUAUCAAAUUUGCAUUCAAAUCGUGUUUUUGUAUUAUCUGAUAUCGAUGGAGCUGAAAUCCUUGUCUUCCAAUUCUGUGUUCACUUCUGGGAUUAUCCACGUGGGAAGAAUAUAUUCCUCUGUGUCCUCAAAUUUCAGGGGCGUUAGAUUCUCUAGACAUUCCAAAUGUUUCAGUGGGUUAUCUCUAAGGAAUUGUUUGGGCGAUAAAGCUGUUAUCAGUUCAGUUGGUCCAGAUAAACUUGCCGCAGAAACGAGCUUCCAUCACAUUAAUGGCAUAAAUGGCUCAGCUUCAGGCCUGUAUUCCCAAAAUCUGAGAGUACUUGAUGCAUUUGAAGAUGUGUAUGAAGGGGUUGUCAUUGACUCAGAUCGGUUGCCAAACAACCCCUCUACCUUUGCACCUAUUUUGCGUUUUUCUGUCUCUCAUUGGAAAAAGAUGGGAAAGAAGGGGAUUUGGCUUAAGUUGCUGUUAGAACAGUCUCACCUUGUUCCAAUAGCUGUAAAGGAAGGCUUUCAGUACCACCAUGCGGAGCCAGGAUAUGUGAUGUUAACAUACUGGAUUCCUCAAGGACCUUGCUUGCUUCCCGUCAAUGCUUCUCAUCAAGUAGGAGUUGGGGGAUUUGUAAUCAAUGACAGCAAUGAGGUGCUUGUAGUGCAAGAGAAACACUAUCCUCCUACACUUCAUGGUAUUUGGAAGAUACCGACUGGGUUCAUUCUUCAGUCAGAGGAGAUAUAUACAGGAGCCAUAAGAGAAGUGAAGGAAGAAACUGGGAUUGAUACAGAGUUUAUUGAAGUCAUAGCAUUCAGGCAUGCACAUAAUGUGGCAUUUGGAAAGUCAGAUUUAUUCUUCAUCUGCAUGCUAAGAUCCCUGUCAUCAGAGAUCAUUGUUGAUGAUCUUGAAAUUAAAGCUGCCAAGUGGAUGCCCCUAGAUGAGUUUGUAGAGCAGCAUUUUAUCCAAGAAGAUUCCAUGUUCAAGAAGAUCAUGGAUAUCAGCAUUGCUUGUCUGGAGAAGCGUUAUUGUGGCAUGUGUGCUCAUCAGAUGGUUUCCAAGUUUGAUGGGUUUAGGGCUUGGCUUCUUCAUUUCUUUCUGCAACCAAUACCAAUGCGAUGAGUUCUUGAUUCACAAUUCGAGAGAAACUGAAAAACCUUCCACGCCCACAAUGCGGUGGUUGCCGCUGAGCACAGUGUCAAGCACGG